CUUUGUUUACUAUCAGGAAUUUAAGAUCAAGCUUUCUGCGCGUCAAAUUGCACAGAGCCGUGGCCUCUGCGAUGUUAAAGUCAAACGUACAGGCAGUUCUUACGAAUUGUAUUUCAUCUCUCAUGCACUCUGUAGGGCAGCUCUCAUGAUGCUGCCAAGCAGCGCUGCGCUGUGUGAGAAAUCAAAGCGCAGGCGUCGAGUCGGGAGGGAGCCUAUCUUGCGCAGACUGGGUACUGUACAUGGCCAUUGAUGCUGCUGGAUAGAUGUAGCCCCUGAUGUAAAUAAGAAUGGCGAGGGCAGCGGGUCUAACAUGCCGCGUUAUCUCUGCUUGACAUCGGAACAUUUUAUGCCACCAUCGGGAUUUUAUAAAAACGCGGGGUCCUUUUCUCGUUUUCAUCUGAAUCUGCCUUGACAGCUCACCUGAUGGUUUUCAUUUGACACAAGAGCCAAAGCAGACGGGCGGCUUCUUCUAAUAAACACUCGGGAAAAACAGGUCAUUAUGACCUUAGUAUCCUCCAGUAAAAGAAAACCAUCGGAUUGCUUUUACGCGGCAGCUUUCUGCUUGCAUUUUUUGCUUUGGAUUUCGUGUGCCGUGUCCGGAGAGGAGGAUCAUCAGUUCAGCGUUGAGGGAUGGCUACAGAGGUAUGGCUACCUUCCCCGCACAGAACCGGGAAUGUCCGUCCUGCGCUCAGCCCAAACCAUGCACUCAGCCAUUGCUGCCAUGCAGCGUGUCUAUGGUCUCAAUGUCACAGGGACACUGGAUGACAGAACCAAGGAUGAUAUCACGCUGAGUUGGAUGCAAAAACCUCGCUGUGGAGUUCCGGACAAAUUCAAAAGUGCGUCGAGGUCACGGAAGCGGAGAUAUGCUCUGACAGGACAGAAGUGGCAGCGUACGCACAUCACCUACAGCAUAAAAAAUGUCACGCCGAAGGUGGGCGCCCGGGAGACUCAUGAUGCCAUUCGGCGGGCGUUUGACGUGUGGCAGGGUGUGACUCCCUUACGCUUUGAGGCCGUUCCAUACAGUGCCCUGGAGACUGGCAGGCGUGACGUGGACAUCACCAUCAUCUUCGCUUCGGGUUUUCACGGAGACAGCUCACCCUUCGACGGGGAGGGGGGAUUCCUCGCCCACGCCUAUUUCCCAGGCCCGGGCAUAGGAGGGGACACGCACUUUGACUCAGAUGAGCCCUGGACCCUGGGGAACCCCAACCAUGAUGGUAACGACCUGUUCUUGGUUGCUGUUCAUGAGCUGGGUCACGCCCUCGGUCUGGAGCACUCCAACGACCCCACUGCUAUCAUGGCUCCUUUCUACCAGUACAUGGACACAGAGAACUUCAAACUACCUCAUGAUGACCUACAGGGCAUCCAGAAAAUCUAUGGUCCACCAGAUAGAGCCCCGCAGCCUACCAGGCCCCCACCUACAGCCCCUCCUCCUCGCUUCCACCUUCCCUCAGACCCCCGCAAGCAUGACCGCCAUGCCAGGCCUCACCGCCCUCCACAGGGGGCCAAGCCCUCCAACCCCAACUCCAAACCCAACAUCUGUGACGGAGGCUUCAACACCCUGGCCAUCCUCCGACAGGAGCUUUUUGUGUUUAAGGACCAGUGGUUCUGGAGGGUACGUGACAACUCAGUAGUCCCUGGCUACCCCAUGCAGAUCAACUACUUCUGGAAAGGCUUGCCUCCCAAAAUUGAUGCCGUCUACGAAAACAGCGAAGGGAAGUUUGUGUUUUUCAAAGGAAACCGUUUCUGGGUCUUCAAGGACACAACUCUGCAGCCUUCGUACCCUCAGGAUAUCUCGCUGUUCGGGAGCGGCAUGCCCACUCAGAGUAUCGAGACAGCUGUCUGGUGGGAGGAUGUCGCUAAAACCUACUUCUUCAAAGGAGACAGAUACUGGAGGUAUAAUGAGGACAUGAGGACCAUGGACCCAGGUUAUCCCAAACCCAUCACCAUCUGGAAGGGCAUCCCCGACUCUCCACAGGGAGCUUUUGUGGAUAAGGCCAAUGGCUUUACCUACUUUUACAAGGGAAAGGAAUACUGGAAGUUCAACAACCAGCUGCUUCGUGUGGAGCCCAGCUACCCAAGAUCCAUUCUGAGGGACUUCAUGGGAUGUGACGGUCUACCUGCGGACCCCGACUGGGACUGGAGCCCCCCGGUGGCGGAGGAGCGCCACUAUGACAAUGGCGAUGUGGACGUUGUCAUCAAACUGGACAGCGCGGGGGGAACGGAGAAAGCGGUGGCCAUUGCUAUCCCCUGUGUGCUGGCGCUGUGCAUGAUGGUCCUUCUCUACACUGUUUUCCAGUUCAGGAGGAAGAGCACGCAGCGCCACAUACUGUACUGCAAGCGCUCCAUGCAGGAGUGGGUCUGAGGGGAUUGUUACUGUGCUGUAUAAAGAGAGGUGUGAAGCUCUGAUAAAGGUCUAGUUAUUGCUUGAAACCCUAAGUACAGUAAUUGGAAGCACUGUAAAGGGUCCAAUACAGAAAGAUUGCCAUGUUGGCAGAUUUUAAAACUGCUUGAACUCUUAACGUGCAAGCUGCAAGGGAGCAAAAUGAUCAGCAGAACUCGACUGAAGAAAGUGCGGGAGCCACAUCUCCUAUGUCUAACUAAUAUGUAUGUAUCUGCUUUGACUUUUUUCUGUAUCCUGGAAUGAACUCAAUUAAGUGAGACAGAGUUAAGCUACUGUAAGUGGGACCUUUGUCUAUCCUCGUCUCUGCACGCCACUUAAAAAGCCCCUAGCACUAACUUCAGUGGACAAAUUAGAUAUAGGCUUCUACUUUACUUUCGUUUCUUAAUGAAAUCGCCCCUGAGCUAUGCUUUUUUUUUUUUUUUUUUUUUUUUUUUUUUACAUUUAGGGUCCCUGUAAAAGAUGAUUCAUUGUGUGGAGGACUGAUACACAGACCAAAUAUGACCUUAUCUUCCAAAGAGGAUUACUGCUGGAUGUUGUUUUUGAUGGGAUGUUCCUCCUCUGCGGAUCGAACAUUGUGGCAUCAUACUCAGAUUUUUCUUUUGCCAUUUCUAUUCAUAUCCACCCGUCUGCUCUGUAAUCUGUGGGGAUGGGAAGCAGCAGUAAGAGCUCGGAACUGAAGACUGUUGUGGCAGUCUGUCUCCAAAACAGGGGCCAAAAACCUCUCUGCAAUAGUUAUGAGACUGCCUUAAUCACAGAUUGCUUAUACUCCCCCUUCUCUUUCUCUCUAUGUGUCUCUGACACAGUAGGGAUACAAACAGCGUAUGAAGGCAUUAAUUACUGCCCGUAACGCAACUUCAAAACCAGUAGUUGAGGACAGUUUGAUCCACAAUGGGUUCAUUGCUCUUGAAAAUGUGCUAAACUGUGCUAACACCUGAUGGCAAGUAGGCUAUCAUCUUUCAUUUACUGCCUCACCGGAGGGUAUGAGAGAGAAGGUUAGUUGGGUGUGUGUGUGUGUGUGUGUGAAAGAGAGAGAGUGAGAGUAAUUACCCACACAAUAUAUGUACUGUACUGUACUCUACUGUCAGUUAUUGAACAGCUCCCUUUUUUCCCCUUGCCAAGUUUGGACACUAAUACUCCAAACUGUGUCAGUCCAUAUAUUUGAAACAGCUUUACUAAUCCAUCUUCUGUUUUGUACAAGGUUUGUAAGUUUACAUAAUAUUUCACAUAGCACAGUCACACAGAGAAGGGUGGGAGAAAAGUGAAAGGAGGAUAUAAAAACUACCAUGAGACAUAUUUCUCAAGAAAAAAAAAACCCCCAUCAACCUCGUGCUAUUGCCCAGAUUGCUCCAUCUUUUCACCGAGUUGUUGCAAAUAGCUGUUGAAGAAAUGCAAAGUGAAACCGUUGUUAUAAAAAGGAAACAAUAACAUGAACUAAUAAGCAAAAAUUAAGGAUUUCAAGAAAAAAAAGUUCAAUAAUAAUGGAACCAGGUUAUUUUACACACUGUAAUAACCAUUAUAUAAAAACUACACAUAUAUUUCAUUAGAUUAAUGACUAACAAAUAUUUAUAGAACUACACUCACAUUGUUGAAAUUAACAGGCAUAUUGGAAAAACCAAAACAAGCAAAAUUAAGUCUAACAUACUUAACAUAUAUAUCAUGAUCUAUGAUAUUACAUAUAUAUAACAUCAUGCAUACAACAUAUGAUCAACACUGUCAAAUCAGCAAAGUAUGAGAAACAACUAAGUGAAAUAAAGCAUACAAAAAAGGACAGACUCUUACGAUCUGAGGUGAGAUAGAGUUAAGCUGAGCAGGAGCUUUUUCUAUCCGUGUGUAUUGCAUUAUAAAUGCAUUUUUCAUGCAAUACGCAGCCCGGAUCCUAUUGUCUCGUAAUUGCCUUUGGUUGCCUGCCAUACAUAUAAUGAUGUGGUCAUGUGGUGUUUCUCAGAGUUAUCCAGAUGACCUGUCUGUGAGCAUUCAUGAUGUAAUUUUUUUUAAUAUAUAUAUAUUUGUGCUCCUUGUUUUUGUUACUCUUUUACUUGAAAUGAUCAAGUCAAACAUUAACUGUACAAGACGUAAUCUUUCAUUGAUGUGAAGGCAAUGCUGUUUUAUAGCAUAUCAGAGAAGGAAUUUGACAUCUUGAAAUGUACGUUUCUAUGAAUUCUCUAAAGAAGGGUAAAACAAUUGAACUGUGAUGGAUGGGCUUAACCUUCGUUAAAUGUUGGUUUAUCCCAUCAUCAUUUGUGACCGUUAAAAACUUAACAUAAGGGGCAAUGCAUGCCAUUGUCAAGCUAAGAUGUCUUUCAUAGCUGUUGACCAUGGAUCACUCUGACAUUGUGCUAUUCGAUGCUAUUAUUAUGGUCAGAUGAAGGGACGGAUCAUUGCAUUGACAGAUCCAACUGUCAUCUUUUAUAAACCAUUUGAAAUUACUAGCUUCCAGUCUGUCCUCCCCGCUCCGAUCUUCAGACGAGAAGAUGAUAACUUGUCAAACUGAUGAAAGAAAACGUACGCAUUUUAAAGAAAGAAAACAUCUUUGCUUUCCCAAGGCAGCGCCGAAUGGCUGCGCACAUCAGUCCACGUCGAUUCCGUGACCACUGUAAUUUAAGGUGGACGCAAAAACCUUCAGCUCAGUGUUGUGUGUGAUGUCUUAUCAGUUUGUGUGUUUGUGGUGAGGGUCUGAUGGCUCCAGUGAGUGUGAAUUAAAGACAGCCAGUGAGGAGAGUCGGUACUGUAUUUAUUGCUGUAUUUAUUCCUCUGUGCUCAGCACCUCAAAUCUUGCUUUGCAUCAUACUGAGGGCAAGAAGCUGUCAAUAAAGUGGGUUUGAAAUGCAAUGUUUUUAUUUUUUUUCUAGUCUCACUGUUACCAUGUAAUCCUCCUCCUCCUGUUAUUGCCUCAACAACAAACAAUUCAUCUGGUGUGAAUGUUGUUUUCCAUCUUAGAGAGGUAAAAAGGUUGCACAUUGACAGCUGUCUUUUUAAAUCACUUGAAAUACCUGACAUUUUAGAUGUGGACUAAGUGCAAGCAGGAAGUGUCUGUGCUUCGACCUGUCCCUGUUUAUCUCUGGAGUGCUUUUUUUUUUUUUUUUUUUGUCUGCCUUGACACACGCUGCAAAGCAUUAGGGCUAAUUUGGUAUGUCAUUAAAGGAAGUAGAUGGGGCCGAUUAGACAGCAGUCGAUACACCGGAGAGUGUGGGUGUGGUAGAGACCGCAGUGGAGAUUUUAUACACCGAUACAUUCAUUAUAUAGUCCAAGGCAUAAUGUAUGAGAACUAAACGUAUUGCAUAUGUACAUAAAGGCAGAGUGUAUACUGUCUGCUUGGGAGAAUUUUUGUUUUCAAUCCAUCCAUUCCAUGGAUAAAGAAAUG